CUCCCACCUGGAGCCGCCCCGGCGGGCGGGAAGAGGAAGUGGGAGCUCGGGAGAAGCGGAAAUUGCAGCAGCAGCCGCCGCCAGCCCGAGAAGCACCGGCGGGGAGCCAGGGGCAGCGGCGGCCGGAGAGGAGGAGGCGGCGGCGGGUGUCAGAAUGUGGAAGGCAACUGCAGGCCACACCGCUUCUGUCCAUCAGAUUGACGGUGCCGAUGACUGGGAGACGGAUCCUGAUUUUGUGAAUGAUGUGAGUGAGAAAGAACAGCGCUGGGGAGCUAAAACUGUGAAAGGAUCCGGCCAUCAAGAACACAUCAAUAUUCAUCAGCUGAGAGAGAACGUAUUCCAAGAGCACCAGAACCUCAAAGAGAAGGAGCUUGAAACAGGACCCAAAGCUUCCCAUGGCUAUGGAGGGAAAUUCGGUGUUGAGCAAGAUCGCAUGGAUAAAUCAGCUGUUGGACAUGAAUAUCAAUCCAAACUUUCUCAGCAUUGCUCCCAAGUGGAUUCGGUGAAAGGGUUUGGUGGCAAGUUUGGAGUACAAACUGAUAGAGUUGACCAGUCAGCUGUUGGGUUUGAAUAUCAGGGGAAAACGGAGAAGCAUGCCUCCCAAAAAGACUACUCGAGUGGUUUUGGUGGUAAAUAUGGAGUACAGGCUGACAGGGUGGACAAGAGUGCGGUGGGGUUUGAUUACCAGGGUAAAACUGAGAAGCACGAGUCACAGAAGGAUUACGUGAAGGGGUUCGGAGGCAAGUUUGGUGUGCAGACAGACAGACAAGACAAAUGUGCGCUUGGCUGGGAUCACCAGGAGAAAGUCCAGCUGCACGAAUCCCAGAAAGACUAUAAGAGUGGUUUCGGAGGGAAAUUUGGUGUACAGACAGAAAGGCAGGACCCAUCUGCUGUGGGGUUUGAUUACAAGGAGAAACUAGCCAAGCAUGAAUCUCAACAAGAUUAUUCAAAAGGAUUUGGUGGGAAGUACGGUGUGCAGAAAGAUCGGAUGGAUAAGAAUGCAGCAACUUUUGAAGAUAUUGAGAAACCAGCAUCAACUUACCAGAAGACCAAGCCAAUAGAAGCUGUUGCUAAUAAAACAAGCAGCAUCCGAGCGAACUUUGAAAACCUAGCCAAGGAGAAAGAGCAGGAGGACCGAAGGAAGGCAGAAGCUGAGAGAGCACAAAGAAUGGCCAGGGAGAAACAAGAACAGGAGGAGGCUCGAAGGAAGCUGGAGGAACAAGCUAAGGCCAAAAAACAAACUCCACCACCAUCUCCUACCACGCAGCCGGCUGAGCAGAAGGCACCUUCGAGCCCAGUCUACCAGGAUGCAGUUUCCUUUGAAGCCGAGUCUACCUACAAGAACUCCAGCACAACGUAUGCAGCUGCACACGAGCCAGAGUCUGGCUACAAAGCUGCAGAGUCGGGCUACCAAGAAGCAGCGACUCCGCGAGAGGCAGAAUACGAGCCGGAGACUGUCUAUGAAGUGGCAGGGGCAGGAGACCACUACCAAGCAGAAGAAAAUGGUUAUGAUGAAUAUGAAAAUGAACUUGGAAUUACAGCCAUAGCGCUUUAUGAUUAUCAAGCUGCGGGCGAUGACGAGAUUUCCUUUGACCCAGACGACAUCAUCACAAACAUAGAAAUGAUCGAUGACGGCUGGUGGCGGGGUGUCUGCAAAGGCCGAUACGGGUUGUUCCCCGCGAAUUAUGUGGAGCUCAGACAAUAAAGAUUAUUGUCUGCUGGUUAUGCCUUAAUUCCCCAGUCAAUAAAUCUGACUUAAUACACUACAAAUCAUGAUGCUUUUCUGAGGACGGAGGGGUAUAUACAUAUUGCUUUUAUAUUUAAUACUUUGCUGAUGCUUUUUAAAAAUGUUUAUGCCACAGAAGUCGCUAAUAUAUUGUAACUACUAUGUUCUUCACUAAGGCUCUUAAAAUGAUUUUCAUGCAUUUGGAAACAUUUCUUCUCUGCCAAAUUAGCAAUUGUCAUAAAAAGUCUUUUCGAGGACAAUUAGCUGUCUGUCGUAAUAUUGCAUGUUUUACUCAUAAGUGAGCAGAUUUGCUUAGUGUUUAAGUCUAGUUAGUCUUCCACUAAAUGUUUUCAGCUGAGAAAAUCAUGGCUAUGCAGGUUGUUUGCAUUUCCACUGAGCGGGAGUGGGGAGGAGAAUAGGUUUUUCUUUUCUUUUCUAGCUGGUGUGUGAAAAAGCAAAGAGAAUGCUUGAAAGUUGCAGCUAGGGGCAGUUAAUAAAAUACUGUCCAAUAUUCAUGGAAUAUUAAUGUUAUGAAGGAAACAGUCUGGUUACUUUUUCCUUCUAUUUCGAAGUGAAGUUCCUUGGCUUUUGCAUUUAUUUUUCCCCCUCCUCCUGUCCCUGUUAUCCCAGAGGAGGGCCGCAAACACUCUAGCGCUGGUUAUCCUCAAUUUCUUUGCUUUUGUCUUUGUUUCACCCUUCUUUUUCCCAGAAAAACUUGGGAAGAAUUACUAUACAAGUGUUAAGUCACUCAGUGAGCUUGUUGAAAGGGAAACUGGCGUCCAAACCUGUGUGAGUACCUGCAGGAAUAAUCUCAUUGCUUUAAACAGGAGCAAAAAGGCAGGACGGAGCUGCGGUUGUGUUCUGUGUGCGGUAAAUCCUUCGUUCACACGCAGCAAAGCCUGCUGUGCAGUAAUGACAGUUUACAUAACCAUCUUUGAGUCGAGGAAUGUUAAUACAAGUAAUUAGAUUUUAAAGCCCAUAUAACUGCUCUCCAUUUUUAAACCACAUGAGAGAUAACCAGACUAUUGUAUGUUCAACAGAAACUGCCAGUCAUGUUCUACUAAACAACAAAAUUAAACCUCUUCUUUGCCAAAACUGAAAUUCUUGUUCUGGGAAGCUGACUUGACUGCAGGCGUAGGGUCCCUACCAAAGAUCGCAAGUUGCAUCUACUAGUGUUCAAUGUUUGUACUGUCUGUUUCCACCUUCUGAUCAAAACAGGAAUGGCAGACCUGGUGUAGCUAAGAAAGGAUGCAAAGAAUUUUUAUAAACUGUAAAUUUGGACCAAUGGAAUAUAGAAGACCUGUAUAAAAUGGUAAUGUAUCUAAUGUACCUAGGAGGAAGGCAUUGUGUUGAACCAAUUCUUGGAUGGUUGGGACAAUCCUCAAUGAAUGUCAUACGUGUGUCAUAUUUUUUUCCUUUCCAUGGUCUCAUUUCUCUGUUGUACUUGCAUUACUAGGGUUGGGUUUUAUAUGCAGUUUAUUUUAUCCAAUUUUGCAUAGAACACCUCAUAGGGAUAUGAUUUUUGUAAAUUAAAUAUUCAAUAAACUUUUUGAACCAUU